UAGCGGGGCCAGCGGCUAUGAAGGUCUGGAGCUCCGAGCACGUGUUCGGCCACCCGUGGGACACGGUGAUCAAGGCAGCCAUGCGGAAGUACCCGAACCCGAUGAACCCGUGCGUGGUGGGCGUGGACGUGCUGGAGCGCCGCGUGGAUGGCCGUGGGCGGCUGCACAGCCUGCGCCUGCUCAGCACCGAGUGGGGGCUGCCUGGCCUCGUCCGCGCGAUUUUGGGGACCAGUAGGACUUUGACAUACAUCAAAGAGCAUUCUGUUGUGGAUCCAGUGGAAAAGAAAAUGGAACUUUGUUCCAGCAAUAUCACACUCACAAAUUUGGUGUCAGUGAAUGAGAGGUUGGUGUACACACCUCACCCGGAGAACCCUGGAAAGACUGUGCUCAUACAGGAAGCCAUCAUCACCGUGAAGGGGAUUAACCUUGGCAGCUAUCUGGAAAGUCUCAUGGCAAACACGAUAUCAUCCAAUGCCAAGAAGGGGUGGGCUGCUAUUGAGUGGAUAAUCGAACAUUCUGAAAGUGCUGUGAGCUAACAGGCGUGGACCUGCACCUCGGGAUACACGGUGGUCACUGCAGUGCUCGUGAUCCUGAUUCCUGACCCAAAAACUCCAAGAAGACAGGAAGGAAGAGAAAGAAGAUGGAGAAAGGCGAGCUAGACGUGGCUCCGGCCUGUCUGGAGGGGAACCUGCUGGCACGGAAGCCCUGGUGACCUUGGAGCAGCCCUCAGCGUGCAGGCUGCAGUCAUGGGCAUGCGGAGGCUGCAGGAGUGCUAGAACCCCAGCGCCAGUCCACACCAUGUUGCCACUGUGCCCUGGGCCUGUUCUGGGCCUUUGCUGCCUUUCCCUGGCACGGCCCCCAGCGCUUUUCUGCCAGUACUGGGACCUUGCUGCGAGAGCUCCUUCUUAUGUCCCCAUUGAGCCCUGUCCCUCUGCAGAGCUGACACUGUCCCUGCCCUCCACCUGCAUGUGCCCUCCAUGCUUCACAGAAACAGUCUCUGAUCCGGAAGCUUCCUUCUGCCCCAGGUCCCCUCUGCACCCCUUGGCAGGGAGCUCUGCUCAGAUGUCACUUCACACUGAUGGGAGCUGAGCCCUGGGAGCCACUGGACUUGCUGUGGGGUCCUGUGGUCUGGUGGGUUUGUGGUCAAUUACCAAAUGUCUUUUCUCUGGAGUGGUCUGACUUCUGACGAGACUCCCCAGCUCCUGGGGAGGGGAGGAACACAGUGGCCUCCCACUUCCUAUAGGCUGGGCAGCAAUUCCUCGAUCCUGGCACUGCCCUCUUGGGACACCUGGGGUGUGGGACCUGCUGGGCUCUCACUGGUGGCUUUGGGCCCUGCCUGGGCUGGACUGUCCCUGUCUACGUCACCAGCCCCAGCUCUGCUCUCCCGCUAUAACUGAUGGCCUCAGGGUGCCAACACCUCCAAGUUUUUGAAGUUUGUUUUCCUGGUUUUCUCCUCAUAGUUUCAUGGACAUUUCAGGGAUCAGGGCAAAAGGCUUUUUCUCAAUGUUUUGAAAUCAAAGUUUAGAACAAUACUAGUUAAAAAAAAAGUCAAAGCAGCCCAUAUUUAAUUGGUUAGAAGAAAAGCACAGGACUGUGUUGAACAGAGUCCUCAGCUCUCCCUCUGCAGGUGAACUCCCCCACCCUGUUCUCACAGACCCUUCCAGAAAUUCUCCGUGCCUGUGAAAGUUCACAUGUGGGGUUUGAUCUUUCCCUUCUUUCAUUAAACUUAGAUAGGAUCGUGCUGUGUG